AUGAGAAAUAUCCUUGCGGUUGUGGUGGCUUUCGCUGCCGGGGCGGUAGCGCAGAAUGUCUACAUCGCUCUGCCCACGGCCGGGCAGACGGUCCAGGCGGGGGAGCAGCUGACCGUGCAGAUUCAGCGUCCGACCCCCCCCACCAACGUGCAAGAGAUGAGCAUCGCCAUCGGCCUGCAGUCCUGUGGGUCGUCGACCUGCUACCCGGCCUCGGAGGCCCUGGGUACCAUCCUGUACAACGGGGCCUAUGACCCCGUGUAUCAUGAAUACUACCUGCCUCAGUAUCAGAACAUCACCGUGACGAUUCCGGAGGGCACUGCGGCUGGGGCAGCGACCCUGGGGGUGGCCCAUGCGACGCUCAUUGGGGCCCUGUACGAGCCGUACUUGCAGACUCUGAGCCAGAACCUCACGAUUGCUUAG